CGUCAGACAAGCACCGGCAUCUGUGACCCCGAUCCUCACUUACAUCGCUGGUCUGUUGUACGGGGUGCCGGGAAGAAGCAGACAUGGAUUUGCCCCUAAACUUUAUCAUGUAUUUGGCAGUUCCUGCCUUGCUUUCGUUGUCUUGGGUGAAAUACAGAGGGCUAGAAUAUAUUUUAAUUCACUAUCGAUGGGUGUUCGUUUGUCUGUUUCUCUUGCCCGUCUCUGUGAUCUACGAUAUUUUUAUGUACCUGAGGAAUUGGCUCGUCUUCCAGUUAAACUCAGCACCGAAGAAGCACGAUCAAAAGGUUCAGCACGUGCAGAGACAGGUGAGAAGGUGGCGUGACGAUGGCGCUCUCACCCCGAUGUGUACAGCCAGACCAGGCUGGUCCAAUGUCAGCUUCAGACGUGGUCUAUACAAGAAAAAACUCCGCAACAUCCAAGUCAACCUCAUCGACAUCCUCAAUAUUGAUACAGAACGUAAGGUGGUUCGAGUUGAGCCAUUGGCUAGCAUGGGUCAGCUGACUGCCUUCCUCAACCCCCUUGGCUGGACUCUCCCAGUCCUACCUGAACUUGAUGAUCUCACUGUGGGCGGCCUCAUCAUGGGUGUUGGCAUCGAGACGUCAUCCCACAAGUACGGCCUGUUCCAGCACUGCUGCGAGUCCUUUGAACUGGUUAUUGCAGAUGGGAGUGUUGUCAAAUGUUCAAAGACUGAGAAUCCUGACCUGUUUUAUUCUGUGCCCUGGUCAUAUGGAACUCUGGGAUUUCUUGUGUCUGCGGAGAUUAAGAUCAUCCCAGCCAGGAAGUAUGUGAAGAUAGAAUACUACCCUGUCCACACCAAGAGGGAUAUGCUACGCAAGUUCCAGGAAGAAACAAAGAAGAAGUCUGGCAAUGAUUUUGUGGAGGGUUUGGUGUAUUCCAUGGACAAGGGGGUCAUCAUGACGGCCAACAUGACAGAUGAAGCGGAACAGGACAAGAUCAACUCCAUCGGCAACUUCUGGAAGCCAUGGUUCUACAAGCAUGUGGAGGAGUUUCUCCGCACUGGCCCCGCUGUCGAAUACAUCCCACUCCGCCACUAUUACCACCGCCACACUCGCAGCAUCUUCUGGGAACUCGAGGACAUCAUCCCGUUCGGCAACAACCCUGUGUUCCGUUUCCUCCUGGGAUGGAUGGUGCCCCCCAAGAUCUCUCUACUGAAGCUAACCCAAGGGGAGACAAUCAAGAAGAUGUACGAGAAGUACCAGAUUAUCCAGGACAUGCUCAUCCCGAUGAAGGACCUUGGUGACGCGCUGUCUGUCUUCCACCAUGAACUCGACCUAUACCCACUGUGGCUAUGCCCCUUCAUGCUGUACAAUAACCCAGGAAUGGUACAUCCCGCUAGUGGUGAGGAUGAACUGUAUGUUGAUAUUGGUGCCUAUGGAGCUCCCAAGAACCCAGGCUUCAGUACCAUCCCUUCUACUAGAAGAAUCGAGUACUACGUGAAGAAAGUCCAUGGAUUCCAGAUGCUGUACGCAGAUUCCUACCUCUCCCGGGAAGAGUUCCAUGACAUGUUCGACCACUCCCUCUAUGACAAGAUGCGUCUGAAGCUGGAUUGUUGGAAGGCUUUCCCUGAAGUCUACGACAAAGUCAACCGCAAAGUCCGUGAUUAGUCACAUGGAUAACCAUUUACACUAAUGAUGGAAGCAAAAACUGUAGCCUUGUUCAGUGUACAAUUCUAUUGCUGAUGUCCAUCUCUUUGUGGACAAGCUUACAUGUAGGUUGUUGAUUUACAAGUUGAUUUGGCUAAUAGUCAGUGGUAUGGAAAACAGUUUUGUUUCCACUUCUGCUAAGUAUCAGUACUGGCGUAUAAAUCAAAAUGUUGAAGUGAGAAUAAGAAGUUGUACCACUGCUUGUUACUCUUGUAUUGAUCUCUCUCAACAAGAUAUCACUUUAUUUGAUUUAGAAAAAGAAAUCUUUUUUAGGAACUGAUGAGGUGACCUUGAGAUGCCACAACAAUUAUUUUAGAGGACUUCUGAUUGACCUGGCUGUGAACUAUGAAAAAUAUGUUGUUUGCUCUAAUCUGAUUGAUUGUCUCAGAUGAUGGGUACAAAACAAUAUGUUAAACAAUAUAGUUUAAGGGGCAUAUUGGUAAAUAAUACUGUAUUGUAGAUGAUUUGGGGGUUGGGAUGGGAGGGGAAUGUAUGUAAUACCUCAGAUUCUCAGCUUCUGUCUCGACAUGAAGCAUUAGCAGGUGUAAAGACUACAUGUAUGAGCCUGUGUUUCACCGGCAGUCAUCAGAAUGUAACGUUAUAGACCUGAAUACUGCUAUGGAUGGUAGUUGAGCAUCAGGCACUAGCUGGUGAGUAGGUCAAGACAAUCUCCUAUCUGUGUCCUCCUUCAAGUGGUAUGAUACAUGCCCCAGAGGCAUGUGAUGUGCAAUGGAGUGGACUGUAUAGUCACUGUGGAGUAUUCUAGCCAGUCGUUUGCCAGGAUUCCUCUCAGUUUCAGCAUUGAUGAUGACAAUCCACUUGUAUCAAACAAAAUCAAAGACCAAAUCAAACUUGUUAUAUCGUAGAACUACACAAUGUGACUUUUCCUUUGUGGUUUGUGGUAAUACUUGUUAACUUUUAUUUCACUUGUUUUGUGAUUUGCCAGUAUGUAUACAUUGUUGUGUAGUUUGUGGUUGUUGUUUUGUGAUAUCCACUAUCGUUGUUAGUGCUGUGCAGACAUUUCAGGGGCGUCAAGCUGAGGGGCACAAAACUCGAUGAUUUGCAGAGUCCCUACUUUGAGGGUGGGCAAAGCAGGGAGAGGGUGGACAAAAUGGGGAGAGGGU